AAAUCUCUAUAAUACAUACAAUAGUUAAGGUGCUCCUUUUUGUAGAGAACCUUUCUCUCUCCUUGGAUUCACUUAAAGAAGUCCCCACUUAAAUUUAAUAAUAAUAAAUAAAUAAUUAAAAAAACAAAUAAUAAUAAUAAAGAAUUGUGGCAUUUCCCAACGGUCAGAAAGAAUUGGUAGUAAUUAGUAAAGUAAAUCAACGGCCACCUCUCACUCACUCUAGUAACCGUUACAUCUUCAUCUUCAUCUUCAUCAUCAUCUUCUUCUUCCUUCUUCCCUCCAAACCAAAACCCAUAAUCUCUCUCUCUCUCUUUCUCUCUUUCUAGCUCAAUCUCUCACUCUCUUUCUCUCUCUGUAAAUGGAACCAGCAAAGAUUGACUGGAAAAACAUUGAGUCAAAGUUUGUAGAAGAUGUGUUAUACGAGCACAUUAACGCACCAAAAUGGUUCGAUUUCUUGUCCCCAAACGACCACCCUGUGGAUGAUGAUGAGUCUUGGUUUUGCAGACCUGGUUGCAAUCACCCAAAGACAGCUGAAGAUUUUCUCAAAUCUACUCCUUUUAAGCUUGCAAGCCCAGCUGGUGUUUCUCAAAUAUCUCUACUUGGUGAUAGAAGUCAAAGAGAGGCCAAGUUGAAGAGAAGAGGUGUAGCUCAUCAAGCUUGGAUUACACCAAUUGGUAACUCGAAAUUCAAUGAUGACAGUGAAAAUCAUAAUCCAAAUUUUUCGACUCCUUUAAACAACAGCAAUAACAACCAUGCUAAGAUCAUCAAAUCGGCUUUCAAAUCAAGCACUGAAAAGAAAGAAGCUGUAGUAGAAGCUCCAUUGCAGCAGAAGAACAAUAAUGAGGUGCUGCCACCGAGGCUGAAAAGCACACUUUCUGCGAGGAACUUGUUUGCAGGGCGGGAUAUUCUAAAUCAGAUUACUGAGUUUUGUAAUGAGUUGAAGAGAAUGGCAACAAGAACAAAGGAGAGAGAAGAGAGUGUGAAGGAAAAUGUGGUGAUGGAUGGAAAGAUUAAAGGUGAGGUGUUGGGUGAGUUGGAUUGGAAAGGGAAGGAGAGGAAGCCAUUGCUUGAUGGAGUUAAAGAGAAUCCUCAAGAGAUGGAGAGAUGCAUUCUCAAAGAGAAGCCUCAAGAGAUGGAGAGGGGCAUUCUCAAGGAGAAGCCAAGAAGAAAAAAAAGAAAUGAUGAGACAGAGAACACUCCUUUAUCCAAGACUAUGAACUUGGUCUUAGAGAAUGUAAAUCGCAAAGGCAACGAUAAUUUGUUGCAAAUCCGAACAAAUCCUCCAUCUCCUCAAUGCUUUUCCGCCACCAGGGGUGGAGGCGUCCUCGGAAAGAGUACUCCAACCACCACUCCGACCCCUUCAAAGCUUCCCAAAUCCAAGCUCAUGGAGAGAGGAAUCCUUCAAGAGCAGAAUAAGCAAUUAUUAGUAGCAAAGGAAGAGUCCAUAGAGAAAAACAAAAGAGCUUCUUCUAUUGUUGAUCCUAAAGAAGCAAAGACUUUGGAUGUAUUUUGGUUUCUGAAGCCUUGCACACUAUCCACCUACAGUGCUUAGAAAAUUACCUUACAUGAUCAUAUAUCAUCAUUUUACAAUUACAAAAAUCCAUUCCUUUAUUUAUUUCUUAAUAAUUUUAUCUACCCCUUUACUUUUUUUUUUUUCAUUCAUUCAUUCAUUAUUCUUCUUGUUGUUGAUAAAAAUUGUAACUAAAAAUUCAUUAUCUAUGAAUAAAAAUGUAUUCUUUUUUAUUUUGGUUCUUAAUUCUUAUCUCUCCAUUCCAACUGUGAGUUUGGUUGUUGUUUUCAACCAUAAGGGGUCACAAGUUGAACAUUAAUGCCAAUUUCAACCAUAAAAGUGAUGAAGUCAGAAAAAUUAUCAUAAAGAGUUGAACUUUUUGCUUAUAUAAUCUGUAUUGGCAAUAAAAAUCAAAACUUUACAGCUCAAAAUUUGGUUCUACAAAAUAAAGUCUGUUUUCUUUUGCUACUUUCUUCAGUCCUUUUUACAACAAUUGACAUUUAUAUAACUUAAAAAUCAUAACUUUACAGAGCAAGUUUUAGUUUGUAAAAUCAAAACUGUAAAUUCACAACAGAUGAUUUUUGAGUUAUUCUAUUUCUAAAGACCUUCAUUGUGAAAACAUCUGUACUUAACUACUACAAUAUCUAUAGAGAGAGAGAGACUUAUGUAAUGAUAUCAUCACCCUUUUGUCUCAUCCUUUAUAUAUCAAUAUCUCCAUUUCAGAUAAAGUUAAAAUCAACUAUCAACUGCAUAUCAUAAAUAUCAUUAUUUUAUUAGAAAAGAGAAGGAUAGCUUAAGAAGCAACAAAUAAUACAUAUGAAAAAAAAUCCAAAUCUGGGAAAACUAAACCAGAUAAAUACACCAAAACAGCUAAGCUUUUACUAAGUUCAAUGUUGGAGAUUUUCAUUCAUCAAAGUACAAAAAAAAUGCUAAAAAUGUAACCUUCAUAAGUAAAGUACAUUAGUUCUUAAUCUUUACUUUGUUUCAAUUUCAAACAUCUCAUGAUUUGAUAAAUAAUAAAACACAGAAAAACAAACUAAAGUUUCCAACUUUACACAAACCAGAUUAUAAGUAUUGCUCAUUCAUAUGGGGGCAAAUUUUACAUUAACAAAAUAAAAAGAAAGAAAAAAAAACAAACAGCUGCCGACACAAGAAGAAAACUCCAUCAUAGUCCACACACACCAUUAUUAUUAUUAUUAUCAAUAAUAACAAAAUUAACCCAAAAAAAACUGAAACUUGAGUUGUAUAUACAAAAGGGUAAUGAUUUGAAAUUGAAAAUUCUGUUGUGUGUGUUUUUUCUACCUUGUUCUUCUUCUUGGUCCACAGAGAACCCAAGAUAAGAUCCAUGACCAUACACGGCGAGCUCUAGGGAAGAGUCUAUCAGUGUAAGGUCUGGACUCUCUGAGAGCAUCUUCCAUGGUUUCAACGAAGAGGUUGAGGUUUCUUGGGGGAGGGAUGUAGAGAGUCAAAGGGAUUGCAGAGAAAGCUGCUGUGAAAAAGAACUGUAACAUGGUUUUGUUCUUUGUUCAGAGAUGAAUUGAAGAUUAUGAGAUCAUGAGAGAGAGAGAGAAAGGAAAAGGGGGUUUUGUUUAGGAAGAGAAGAAGAGAAAGGAAAAGGGGUUCUCGAAUGAACAAGAAUCGAGAGAGAGAGAGAAAUGGAAGGAAGGAAUGAGGUUAGAUGUGGGCAUUACUGGUUGGUGGGUUUGCCUUGGGUUAUGACCUUCAAAUUAGCAU